AUGUCAAGUGUGCACAUGUGUCGGUCGAUGAAUGUGCCGCCGCAACCGCACCCCGGCUGGGAGGGAGUGAGGGAUGCCCUGGAGGAAGGCAGCGACUGCCUGCAGGUGAUGCCGGAGGGCGCGUCCGGUGCCGAGGACUGCCUGUACCUUAACGUGUACACGACGUCGCUGUCUGAAGAUUCCCAGCUACCGGUCAUGGUAUGGAUCUACGGAGGAGCGUUCAUAACGGGCAGCGGCUCCGCCAGGAGCUACGGGCCGGACUUCCUGGUGGAACAAGGCGUCAUCCUCGUCACCCUCAACUACCGCCUCGGCGUCAUGGGCCUGCUGGGUCUGGACGAUCCCGUGGCGGCAGGGAACAAUGCGUUCAAGGACCAGGCGGCGGCGAUGCGCUGGGUGCAGACCAACAUCCGGGCGAUGGGCGGCGACCCGGACAAGGUGACCAUCUUCGGGCAGAGCGCGGGCGGCUCCAGCGUCGAGCUGCACGUCUACUCCGCGCUGUCCAGAGGACUGUUCAGGGCAGCCAUCUCGCAGAGCGGCUCUGCGAUCGGAGGAGGGCAAGGCGAGAUCAACAACCGCGACACCGCCUUGUGCAUCGGCGCAGAGCUGGGACUGCAGACGGAGAACUCCACGGAGCUGCUGGCUUUCCUGCAGUCGGUGGACGCGUUGUCGCUGUAUAACACGAGCUGCGGCACCGGGUUCGGGAUGGCGGUGGAGCCGGAGGGGGAGGGGGCGUUCCUCACGACACAGACCGGCCACCUGGGCGCGUGGGCGCUCGCUGGAAACUACACGCACGUGCCGCUGGUGUCCGGCGUCACCUCCGGCGAGUACAACUACAGGGUGGGCGGAGACGUGCUGGACGAGGGGACGGUGAUCCAGCUGAAUAACGAUUUCGAGGGUGCCAUCGACUUCCAGCUGCGGUUGCCGGAUGCGGAGUCGAAGCAGGCGGCAGCGGAGGUCAUCAGACCCUUCUACUUCGGCAACGUCUCCACCAUCACUGCCGACGACGCUGUGCCCUACGCAGCCAUGAUGACAGAUCUGAACAACGGUGAGCCAGCGGACACUACGGUGCAUCUUAUCAGCUCCAGCAACACCUACCCCGUCUUCUACUACCAAUACGACUACUCCGGCAGCAGUCCAGACCUCGGUCUCCCUGGGGCACCGCAUAUGGCCGACCUGGCCUCGCUCUUCAAAACCGCUGGACCUGGACAGAAUCUGGACCCGGCCUCGGACGAGCAGAAAGUCCGCAACGUCAUGGUCAAGCUCUGGACUAACUUCGCCAAGUACAUGAACCCCACCCCUGAGGACGAUCCAGUGAUAGAGGGAGGUUGGCCGCGUUUCAACUCGACCACGCAAUACUACGUCAACAUCAAUGUCAACACGACGCUUGAACAACACAGAAUGGGUGAGCGGAUGGACUUCCUCCAUUCAGUGAUCCCACCCUAUUAUUGACGUUUCAUGUGUGUUUAAAAAUGCUCCCUCGUUCAUAUACUUGAGUCUGUAA